AGCUCAGAUUCUCAGCGGCUGGAUUGUCUCAGGCUGAGCUUCUCCCAUGGCUCCUGCAGGUUUCCCAGCCUCCCUUCCUCUGUGUGUGUGUCUGCUGCUGGCCUCUGGCUUUGCCCAGGCAGGCAGGCUGCUGGUGGUGCCCAUGGAUGGGAGCCACUGGUUCACCAUGCGGUCGGUUGUGGAGAAGCUCAUCCACAAUGGACAUGAGGUAGUGGUAGUUGUGCCAGAGGUGAGUUGGCAACUGGGAAAAUCCCUGAAUAUUACUGUGAAGACGUACUCAAUUUCUCACACUCUGGAGGAUCUAAACCAGAAGUUCAAGUAUUUUUCUGAUACGCAAUGGAAAACUCCAAAAGAAAGUAUGCUUUCUUUAAUGACAGGCUCAGCCGAAGGUUUUUUGGAAUUAAUAUUUUCAAACUGUAGGAGUUUGUUUAACGACAAGAAGUUAGUGGAGUACUUGAAGCAAAGUUCUUUUGAUGCUGUGUUUCUGGAUCCUUUCGAUGUGUGCGGCUUGACUGUUGCCAAGUACUUGUCGCUCCCGUCCGUGGUCUUUGCAAGAGUUAUAUUUUGCCACCAUCUUGAAGAGGGCACUCAGUGCCCCAGACCCCUCUCUUAUGUUCCCAGACUUCUCUCGAAAUACACAGACACCAUGACUUUUACGGAGAGAGUAUGGAACCACAUCACCUAUAUGGAGGAGCGUGCAUUUUGCCACCAUUUUUUCAAAACUGCUACAGAUAUUGCCUCUGAAGUUCUCCAGAGCCCAAUGACUAUGGAAGACCUCUUCAGCCAAGUGUCCAUUUGGUUGUUACGCACUGACUUUGUGCUGGAUUUCCCUGCACCUAUGAUGCCCAACAUAGUCUACAUUGGUGGGAUCAACUGCCACCAGGGAAAACCACUUCCCAAGGAAUUUGAAGCCUAUGUCAACGCUUCUGGAGAGCAUGGCAUCGUGAUUUUCUCUCUGGGAUCCAUGGUCUCGGAGAUUCCGGAGAAGAAAGCUAUGGAAAUCGCCGAGGCUUUGGGCAGAAUUCCUCAGACAGUCCUGUGGCGCUACACCGGACCUAGACCAUUGAACCUUGCGAAGAACACAAUACUUGUAAAAUGGCUACCCCAAAAUGAUUUGCUUGGUCAUCCAAAGACUCGUGCGUUCAUCACACACUCUGGUUCCAAUGGUAUUUAUGAAGGGAUAUGCAAUGGUGUGCCGUUGGUGAUGAUGCCCUUGUUUGGCGACCAGCUUGACAAUGCCAAUAACAUGGAAACUCGAGGGGCUGGGGUCUCCCUGAAUAUUAUCAAAAUGACUGCUGAUGAUUUGGAAAAUGCUCUAAAAGCAGUCAUCAAUGACAAGAGUUACAAGGAGAACAUCAUGCACCUCUCCAGACUCCACAAGGACCGUCCCAUAGAGCCUCUGGACCUGGCUGUGUUCUGGGUGGAGUACGUGAUGAGGCACAAGGGGGCGCCACACCUGCGUCCGGCUGCCCAUGACCUCACCUGGUACCAGUACCACUCCUUGGAUGUGAUUGGCUUCCUCCUGGCCAUAGUGUUGACCGUCGUCUUCAUUGUCUUUAAAUGUUGUUCGUAUGGCUUCCGGAAAUGCUUUGGUAAAAAGCAGGGAGUUAAGAAGUCACACAAAUCCAAGACCCAUUGAGAAGUGGGUGGGAAGUGAAGGGGAGGUAUCAGUCCAUUCUUCAAUCAGUUUGACACUUGAAAACAGAAUAGCCUGGUCUACAGAGUGAGUUCUACGACAACCAGGGCUACACCAAAAAAACACAUGUAUGCACCACCACCACCUGGCUAAAACACUUUGCCAAAUAAAUGGUUGCUUUACUUACAAAAUAUAAAAGCACACACACACACACACACACACACACACACACACAUCUAAUUGCUGACCACACCCAUCAGGGAAGCUAUGGACAACACUUGCCAUCUGUUUCAGAAAGAAUGGCACUCUGUAGUCAUUGACAGCCCCACAGUUGCCCCAUUGUCCUGUCAUGUCAUCACUGCCCCCACACACACUUCAGCUGAUAGAUUCCUCACCUGGAUCCUCGGACUCUGUGGCCUCCUCCAGUGCUCGUCAUUCCUUGUUGUGCUCAUGUAUUGUGGGCGACAUGGCCUUUGCAGCUCUGGGGAGGGGGACGGUGCUGUGUCAGAGAUGAUAAUCAUUGCUUGUGUGAAGCAGAUCUGGAGCUGAUGAGAGCAAAAGUUUAUUCUUAGGCAAGUCCAACUUCUGUAGUGUUUCCCAAACUGAGAACUUACUAAU